UGUCGUUUCACGUGUGCCGAAAUGGCUGCGUUCGCAGACUUGUGCAUCUCUGGCACAAACGAUAAGAAAAGACUGCAGAGUAUUAUUGAAACCGCCGCUCAUCUUGGUUAUUCCACUGUUGCCAUCAACCACCUGGUCGAGGUACAACCAAAGAAGCAGGAAAUUGGCAAACCGAAAUGUGUCUCGGAGUUAUUCGACCACUUCCCUAUUGUGCAGGGCAGAUCCAGACCAAUCAGAGUGCUGAACCGCUUGACCCUAGUGGUCUCUGAUACCUCUCACUUUAGACAGACUGCUGAUUUCAAGUUUUAUGACAUAAUAGCAAUAUAUCCUAAAACAGAGAAGGUGUUUCAUGCAGCUUGCAUGUCCUGUGACGUCGAUAUAAUCUGUAUAGCAGCGACAGAGAAGCAGCCCUUUCACUUCAAAAGGCCUCCGGUUUUCGGCGCCAUCGAGAGAGGAGUGUUCUUUGAGAUAAGUUACGCCGCUGCCAUUAAGGACUCGACCAUGAGACGAUACACGAUCUCGAAUGCAAUCAGCCUCAUGGAGACGUGCAAAGGAAAGAAUGUAAUUGUGUCCAGUGGGGCAGAGAAGCCCCUUGAGCUCAGAGGACCAUAUGACAUUGCCAAUUUGGGACUGCUGUUCGGGCUGUCGGAAGGAGACGCCAAGGCUGCCGUUUCCGCCAACUGCCGAGCGGCGCUCCUGCAUGGAGAAACCCGGAAGACCGCUUUGGGCAUCAUACGCACCGUGAAGAAAUCGCAGCCCGCGGACGAGCGGGAAGACAAGGAGGCACCACCGUCGAAAAAAGCCAAAUUAGAUGCCAUGUGACCCGGUUCGGAGAACCUUCUGGUUAACUUGGCGUGAUUGUCCAUCGCUGUUACUCUUUAUUUCAGCCUGAGACAGUGUUUAAAGAAGGCCUACAAAAUAAAAUAAAAUAAACAGUUUUAUUUUUGAUAGACUUCCUUUGUUUUCCCACUUCUGUACAUUUUGAAAUGAAGCAUGUGGCCAAAGUGUGGUGGACACCGAGAUACUUUGAAGGAGAACUCGCCGGAAUAAGAUUUGAUCUCAAAA